UAAUAUGGCCGCGGACAUGAAAAUAGAAUUAUCUCGGAAUUAGUAUAAGGAGAAAAGGGACGAGAGAAAGGAUAGGGAGGAAAGGAAAAAGGAUUAAGAUGAAAACAACGAGAACGGAACGAGGACGAGGGAUGUCACGCUGAUUCCAGAGAUCGGAGAAUUAAUUCACAUUGAGCUGCAUGGAGCUUCUGUAGAGAAAUCCGAGAGAGGAUGAGGUGAAGCAAGGAUCUGAGAUUUCAGGUUGGGAGCUACCACACCAUCAUUAUCAUUACCUCUGUUACCACCGGAGUAGGCAAUCACGGAAACAUGGGGAUUCACAUGUUAGGAGUGCUAGGACUUGUCGGAUUUCACGCAGCCACGGUCGGUGUCGGCAUCUGGGUUACCAUGAUUAAGAAAAUAAAAGGCGGACAAAACGCAAUGAUACUGGCCAAUCGGAGCAUUGGACUUUUCCUUGGUAUAUUCUCACUCGUAGGAACCUGCGUCGGUGACACCAUACUCAAUGGUACCGCGGACUCCAUGUUUAGUAAGGGCCUGGCCUGGUGCCAAGUGCCCAUUGGAUAUGGUCUCAGUCUACUUUUUGGUGCUUUGCUAUUCGCCAAGCCGAUGAGGAAGGCCGAGUACGUGACGAUGCUCGACCCUCUGCAGCAUCACUACGGGGCCCGGGUCGGCGGCCUCAUGUUCCUGCCCGCCUUCUGCGGUGACUUAUUCCGGUGCGCGUCGCUGCUCAAGGCGCUGGGUCUUUCCCUCAGCAUAGUCGCCGGCAUCGAGCCCAGUCUCGGCGUUUGUUCUAUGAUUCUCGCUGCAGCCACGUACAAAAUCUCUGGUGGCAUGUAUUCGAUGGUUUGGACAGACGUUCUACAACUGGUUUGCGUAGCAUUCGGCUUGUCAAUUUCUACACCAUACGCGGCCGUCCAUCCGGCCGUCUCAUUCGAAAGGAGCUCAGCAUCCAAAAACUGGAUGGGCGACAUAAAGACGCACGACCUCGGCGAGUGGCUCGACACGAUGCUCCUCGCCAUUUUCGGACGCAUACCUUGGCAGGGCUACUUCCAAAGGAUUCUGAGCAUCAAGAGCGCAAAUCAAGCGCGCACCCUCUCGAUCGCCUCGAUGUUCGGCUGCCUAUCCCUAGCCGUGCCUUCGGCGAUGAUUGGCGCCGUCGCCCGAGCUACCGAUUGGCCACUUAUCGAUACUUACAACAAAACCAUGGGCCUGGACAAUGGCAGUGCCGUGAUGCCUCUCGUUCUCCGCUAUCUCACUCCCCAGUGGGUUUCAGUCGCCGGUCUAGUUGGCAUCUCAGCCGGGGUCAUGGCGUCAGCUGACACGAGCAUCCUUGGAAUAAGCUCCAUGUUUUCGAGGAAUGUUUAUAAAUUAACGUUAAGGCCAAAGGCUACUGAAAGAGAAUUGGAUUGGAUUCUUCGGAUUUCAGUUGCAAUAGUUUCUUUUCUUUCCGCAACAGUUGCUCUUAGUGUUAGCAGUGUUAACUAUUUAGCUUAUUUAUGCUCCGAUUUUAUGUACGUGGUUUUAUUUCCACAACUUCUUUCUGUUAUCCACUGGCCCACGCUGGUUGACUCGUAUGGGUGUAUUGCUGGUUACAUUGUCGGCACUGUCGUACGAAUAUCUGGUGGCGAGAAGGACUUAGGCAUACCAGCUUUCGUAGAGUAUCCAUUUUAUGACUCGCGCACCCACACGCAAAAGUUUCCUUUCCGCAGCGCAGCGAUGUUAUCGGCCAUUUUUGCUCAGCUUAUCGUCAGCUUUUUCACGCGCAAUCUUCUCGGCGGUGGAUACCUUCCACGUUGCUGUGAUAUACUAAAUGUCUAUGCACCUGGCAAUACGAAGAAUCUAAAUGGAGUAGUACAAAGCAGCUCGGGCGCCGCUUUAAUCGAUAACACUAUGAAUGACGCUUCACCGGGUCACUUAUCCGACGCACCGACACUUUCGAGUAACCGUACGGACUACGACGGGAGCAGCACCGACACCCAGCUUCAACAACACCAACCACCUCAUCAACAACCGACCAUACGAUGUGACAUGAUAAACGUAUUAUGCGAACCGAAAUCGCUAAUUUGUAACAACUCGCACAAAAUGAAUCAGAAUCUACAAGGACCGCAGAAUCUACGGGAAUCAAUGAGUCCGAAGCAAACGGCGACGAUAGCGAGUCGCCCGGGACAGGCCCUUCAUCAUCCAACGAUUAUUAACAAUCCCGUGGCACCUGGACAAAUUCUCGGUGUUAAGAAUAUGAAUUUCACGUCUGGGCACAUGACCGACUGUAUAGGCCCACCUCCACCAAGAAUAUUGAGUCCCUCAACAGCCACGUCUAUGAGUAUGCCAUAUGCUAAAGUGCCAACCACCAUCAUUACUAAUGGCAGACUCGAAGGUGAAAAAAUUGGCGCAGAUCGCAGUAACAUGGAACUAAAUCUGAAUCUUACCGACGGAUCCGCUAUCAUUAAAAAAAACAUUAAAGGUGUCAAAUUAAUUGGCAUGGAGGGAGGAACGUUAAGAAGAACAUCUUUACAGGGAACCUUCUCACCCACACCGUCCGUAGAAAUGGUAAAUAUAUUCGACAGGAGGCAAAGCAGCAGCUCAUUUGGUCCGAGCUCGUUGUCACCGAUCCCUGGAGUCGAGGCUUGUAAAACCCACGGGACCGCGAUCAGCGGUCAGGGCGGCAAUGAGCAUUGCCGAAUCAAGCGUGGAAUUGUCAGGCAUCACAGCUUCAACGACACGGGCGACCGGACCCUCACGACCCUCGCCCGUCAACCCAACUACCCGUCCAUGCCACUACGUCCGGAGGACUGCCGCGUUAACCAGCGUAAGGAUGGCCCCCAGCCGAAGAAAGCCUGCAGUCAGAUAAACCGCUACCCCACGUCGAUGGAGGAGAAGUGUCUGCUGGAGGCGGACGGCCGCGUAAUGACCCUGCGCAGGGACAAGGGCUACAAGUCCAACCACCACGGAGCUCGUUACUCGGCCUGCGUCGACGAGAAAGGUAGUCUCGUCGGGCACCUCCUCGUCAGUCCCACCUAUAGUAUGUACAAUUCGACGAUAAAGGGCUGCAACUAUUUCGUCGGCGACGACGAGGCCGUCAGUAGAUUUUAAUGGACGAGGGAAUUGUAAAGGCCUGACUGAUAAAAUAUCAGUCGCGCCG